UGCCCGGUCAAGUAUACUCGAGUUGGCUGCUUCGACGACUCCAUGGUACAACCCCGCCCGUUGUCUCAACUACUGAUGACUGAUCGAGAUCCGACCAGUCCUGUGUACAGUGGUAUCCCUGUUCACUGGGGAAUGUGGGAUGUUUAUUUCCCAAAACUGAUUUGCAGAUGUGCAGCGAAAGCCAAAGCUAAAGGAUACAACGUCUUUGGAAUACAACAUUACGGUAGACAGCUUUUAUUAUAACUUCUUAGUGCUGAUAAUUACAAAAUUUUUGAGAUAUCAUUCCAUCUAAUAUUUUAAUCUGGACAAAAUUUAAAAAAUGCCUUGACAAUAAACCCGCGAAAUGCGUUAUUUUAGAACAAAUAUUCUUACUACAUAUGUCUCAAAAUGUGAUCAUAAAUAUCAUUAUUAAUUCUAUAUAUUUAUCUGUUUUUGAUUGGAUAAAUUUAGGGUAACACAAAAUUUGGAAGAUUUACGUGAUUCCUCCGGAUCGUUUUACUACUGGACGAACGCGUCGUGCAACGCUUUCAUGAUUGGUGUACUGACCAACCUUUAAUGCAUUGACAUUCACAAUGUAACCUCCGAUUGGGCAAAAGUUUGACUUGUGACAAGCCAAUUCAAUUCAUAAUUGACAGUCCAUGCACUCUUUACAAUUAAGACUUGGCAAAACUAACCGCGUAGUUGUACCACUACUUAUUAGAAAAAAAAAUAUAAUAAAUUCAGAGGAAUGAAGAUGUUGCUGUUUUUAGUUUGACAAUAGGUCACUUUCUCCCUGCUGUAUUCUUUAAUCUAAAAAAUAAUUGAAAAAGGUUCGUGUGCUUGUUAGCCGCUAGACUGUAAAUAUUGCUUCAGAAAAAAUAAAAAAACUAAAGUUAAGACAGAAUAAUGGACAGGGAGGGAAUCGUAGGGUGUUGUCCUGGUUAUGUGAAUUUCACUAAAGUUAUUUUUAGAGGUUUUAAUUGAAUUAAAGUCUAAUUCCAGGGGCGUCCGCACAGUUUAAUCAAUCGUUUGAAACGUCAUCAAGUCCACGCGCGACUUCCUCAAAGCAAACAAUGAGGAAUAUUGAAAUGGCGACACACCAAGAGCGCAUAAUGUUCCAAUAUUAUGAUUUACAUUACUGAAUAAAAGUUUGCGGACCUCUUCGGAAACCACCUUCCGAUUAAUUCCAAGCGCGUAAUUGGUCUAAAAAUAACUUUGGGGACACUUUUCCCAGGGGCAAGUCUGGUCGUUUUCCUCUCUCUCCAUUCAUUCUCUCUUGCUAAAGUUUAAUCUUUUUCCUUACAGGGGAAUGCUGGUCAGGUUGUGGAAGCGAAGACACGUAUUCUAGGGACGGUAGCUCCAGCAAAUGUAUCACCUAUGAUUAUGACAAUUGUAACCCACAAUAUAAGGAUUGCGUCGGAAAGAAUCACACAAACUUUGUAUUUACUUUACAUGGUGAGCAACAAUCAUACUUGCUUACACUAUUUAUCGAUUCACUUACACAGCGAGUGAAUGUAUUUGCUGAAUUAUUACUGUUAGUAUAUAGGAGUCUCUUAAAUUUACCUAAUUAUAAGUUAAAACAGCAAACUGACCCUUAUGGCAGGAAGAGUGCGAGAACAAAAAUAAAGAAAGAACACUGAAAUAAAUGGUGAAUUAUAUAAUUCACUACAUACAUUUUAUAUUUUUCUCACUCUUCCUGCCUUAAGGAUCAGUUUGCUGUUUUAAUUUACAAUUUGGUAAUAAAGAUUUCACUGAUUCAGGUCUACAAAAGAUCCAGCUCAUCUUAUUGGUUUGUUGCUGUGGUUCUGCCUUCACAAGUGUUUCUUAAGUUGGACGAUACAAUACAUGACUUAUUUGAAAAUUUACUUUCUACGAUUUCAGGUCUUCAUCCAGAGCACGCAACCGAACUUAAAUCUUUGACCUGUGAGUAGUUCGUUUUAUUAAUUAAUUAGACUCUGGAUCGAGACAGGGAAACUGUCCUAAAACAAAUAACCGCUUUAUCCCGGCCGUUCACUGAUUUUAGGCUGCGUCUGGGACAGUGCAAAGUAGGUUUUUUACUUCGGUGGUGAGGAACUUGUAAGUCCGACUGCAUUAUCAGUCAGGUUACUUUAACCGUUCGAUUUUAAGAAAUAACAUUAAAAAAAUGCUAAAAAAAGCCAUUUCGUCAGUUUUUAUUUACAACACUCAGGAAUAGACGGCGUGAAGAGCAACUGAAAAAUUUUUAACAGACUUGUUAACACACUUUCAAUCAAUCCAACAGUUAACCCAGGGUACCCGUAUUUAUGUUUAUUUUGUAAGGGAACAAAUGCAAUUUAAAUUAAUUGAUUACUUACACACAAUCUGGUACUUAUGAAGAACGACCAGAUUAGUUUGAAAGAUUUUUUUAUUAUUUUUGGAAAGUAAAACUAAAUAAAAUGUUUUAAUCGCUUUGCAACCAGGAAUUGUUUGAUAAAUCGGAGUGUAAAUUAAUAUACUUUUUUACCUAUCAGGUCAACACUUCUUAGUUUCCAUACGAACUGGCGCAUGCGGAGAGUCAACAUCUACAGAACAUGCGCACUCGAUAUUAACAAAAGUAAGGAAUCUGCUUAUCAAAAACAACGGCACCACGCAGUACUGAUCAAAGAAAUAAUUAUAAUAAUUAAUGUGGUUGUGAUAAUAAUAUGAUAGCGAUGAUUAUGAUGGACAUACCAAUGAUGAUGAUGAUGAUGAUGAUGGUAAUUAUAUUUAUUAUAUACUAAAACAGUGGAUAGUGUUUUUUGCGCGCUCUGAUUGGCUAUUCAAAGUCGGGAUAUCCAGUGCUAUUCACUGAUUCACCUUUAGCUCCUCCGAACGGGCGACGCCAAACUCGCGUAAGUUACGAGCAAAAUGGUUUCCCGGUUUAUUCGUUUAUUGCCGUAACAAACAAAGUAAUUUCACAAAUAAUCAAGCUGUUCCCGAAAUACACGAAGAAGGUGACGAAAGUCGGUUUAGAAGCUUUAACAGGUAAAGCUCUGUCUGUUUGACUUGAAUUUAUCGAUGAAACCGGUGAAAAAGUUUUUUGUUUACAAAUGCAAAUUAGGACUUGCGUUACGGUACUUUUAAUUAUUUGGCUGACAUGUUCAUAAAUAAGCUUAAAACUAAAUUCAAUAUAUUUUUUACAGAAUUAAUUCAAAUACAAGAAAAAUUUAAAACUCCUUUUGAAGACAUUUCCCCACAAUAGCUAAACAAAUGUCAUUCACUGAUUGAGUAGCAAAUCAGAGCGCGCGAAAAACACUAUAUUAGUAUAUACUAAACUAAAAUAACUAUUCACCUCAGUGCCCGUGGCUAGUCGGUAUUUAUAUUACCAUAUUCACUGAAAACUCUUCUUGAAGAACGGCUCUCCUAGCCUGCAGGAGCCAAACAGAUACGGCUAACAGUCGAGUUUACGCGUAAACGUCUUCGUAUAAGAAGAUCACGAAUCAAAGCAGCGCGAUAGAUGCAGGCCUCCGAUUGGGCACAAAUUAAAAUAACUUUUGUGCCCAAUCACAGACAAGCAUUCGAAUGAGUCGUGGAACUGGUUUGUUAAAAGUGGCAUCCCAGGGGCUCUCUCUCCCGUACUUGAAAACUUUCGCCGCCGUUUUUCCUGACCUAACUGACCGCCCCCGGGUCUCCGAUGAUGGGAGACAUCCUGAGCUGCAUUAGUAAAAGUUUUACUAAAUACUUAUUUCUUUUGUCAUCAGGUCCAGGACAUUUAUAAGGGAUAUUCUUGCCUUAAGUGUUUGAAGAUUGUAAGCGAAAGGUAUAUGUCGCGUCUAGUUUAUAGCGUAAGGUAGAUUUUAAUUUUAAUUUUGUUGAGAAAAACUCAAUAAUUUUUUAUCAAGGCUUAGCAUCGUUUAGCAUGACAGGCGCGGAUCUAGGACUGAAGUACUGACAGAUUUCCUAAACGAGCGCCGAAGAAGCAAGGUUCUAGGGGGAGGUCCGGGGGACAUGCACUCCAGGGAAAUUUUUGGGGAUUUUAAAUCCCUUGAGUUACCUUUCCUGGGUUCCUGAGUCACUCAGACUUCAAAUUGACCAGAUUUCAACCUGGAAAGCGGUUAUUUAUGAAAAAUCUUAGCGAUUUUCGUAAAACGGUGGAAACCGGUGUGGAUCCGCGCCUGCAUGGAGAUGUACUAAGCGCCGUAUCCGUGACAUAAUUCACGAGAAAGAUUGAAGAUAUUUUGAUUCCGUUAAAGGUUACGUGUCCGCUUAUGUUGGUAGAUGAAUCGGUGGGCGGAAGAGGUAGAGAGAAGAAAAGAAGAAAAGACUGCUCAUAUCUCCUUCCCUCCGCCCUCGACGGCCAUGAAAUGACGCCUAUUAUGUAGACCAUAUAGAAUUCAACAACAACAAACCUUUAUUUGCAUAACUAUAACUAAUUACAGUAUUGCAAAAGGGUAGGGACUAAAAAAUCCAUAUAGAAUCCAGAAUGUUCAUGAACGGAUAAGGAUUAGCACAGUCAGUUUGUUCGCGGCCUUGUGUGAGGGAGGUUCCUAGUUCGAUGUUCCAGUGUGACUUUAAAUACUUGUUUUGAGUUUCUUCCUUUCUGUGUAGCCUUGAACAGAAAGUACCUGUAAAAGAGUGCCUGAUCGAAGGAGGGGUAAAAUGAGCAUGCGCACACCACCGGCCUCAGGUGUAUCAGUCUAAAGAGACACUUUACGAGUAACUUAAAAUAUGAACGAUUAUGGAACUAAAAAUAGCUUACCUCGCUCCAGCUCUUUGUUUAUGUCGAUGUUUAUUGUUUUCAGCUCUUCGGCAGUUUUUAUCGCCCUAAAAUUCACUUGCCAAGGACAACAUUUGAAGAAACUUGUCUCCAGACUUGGAGCCAGUAGAAUAAUCAAAGCAGGUUUGAGCAUUUAAUUUUAAGCGAUACUGAGGGUAAACUCACCAUUUUCACAUAGACCAUAAUGCACCUUGUUUACCCCUCAAAAUUUUGCAUAAUCAUUGUUUCAAAUUUUUUCUGGGUUUUACAAUCGUCUUCACACUUAUCACUGACAUGGUCGACGUUAAGGACUGCUUCAUAUACAAGAGUCAGGGGCACUCAACGAGAAUAUAGUUCAAAACUUGUUAAACGUAUUUUAGUAUUUAUAAGUAGAUAUAGGCAUAUUUCUAUCCUCUGAGAAUUUUUCAUCUGUGCGGAUUUCCUAGCUGAAAGUCUAGUGAUCCGAAAAUUAUAGAGAUUAAAACUUACCUUUUCGAAAAUUUCAGCCAGAAAAAAGGUUCCCGAAAAUUCUAGGUGACCUUUUUAAGGUAAAAAUCCGUUAAAAAUGGCCAAUUUCACCAUUUUUUAGAUGUUCGAAAAUCCUAGGAGAGGCAGGGAAGCAAGAAAUUUUACAACAUGUUGUAAAAUGUUCCGAAAAUUCUAGAUCUCAAAUCGUCCUCCGAACAGAUAUUUCCGAAAAUUGAUGUUGGGUGCCCAUGAAGAGUUUCCCCUUCAGAUUAUUCAGGAGAAAUGUACGCUAUUAAAUCUGCUUAAAUUCUGGGACCUUAUCCAGAUAUAAUUAUGGAUAACUGUGUUUGAAUGGUUGGAUGCAUUCUGCCUUUUGGCUUGCCAAUUUGCAGAUUAGCAUUUGACAACCAAGUAAGAAAUUGUUCAAAAUCUAUUUCUAUCGUAGCUUUUCUAUAAAAGGAACUUUCUCCAAAGCAGAGUCGGGAACGGCUUAGAUUUUGUCGUUCGCGGUCUCGAUAUAUUUUUUAGGCCAGCUACUUUAACAAGGGAAUUAUCAUUUUUCUUAUUCUAGAAUGUUCCACGCCACCUUGUCCAGUUUUCACACAUCACUGCUCCUACCCAUGUGGUAUGUCCUCGUGUUCCAUUUCGCCAUCUCUACCGUAUCCAUCAAUAUGUCCGGUACCACUCCACUAUCCCGAGCUGACGUGGCCCGCUUCACCGUGUUCGCCGUCAUGCCCUUCAGUUUGUGCACCUGAAUGCACUCCUUUCUGCUGCCGCACCAUGGUUAAUCGUCCAAAGAAGGCCAAGCAGUUCCCAGGUCAACUUGCUUCACAACAACCUGAACAUUUAGAAGCCGGUGAAGUCAUUGAAGACAAUGUGCUUUAG